AACAAAACUUCUCUUUUUUCGUUUUGUUUGUUUCUAUUCCGAUCUAAUCCUACUCCGGACGAAUGGAGACGACGCCGCAGUCAAAACCGAGUGUGUCUCACCGUCCACCGGUGGGAAGAGAAGACUGGUGGAGUGAGGAAGCGACGGCGACGCUGGUAGAAGCCUGGGGGAAUCGUUACGUCAAGCUCAACCACGGAAAUCUCCGGCAGAAUGACUGGAAAGACGUCGCCGACGCCGUUAACUCUAGGCACGGUGAUAACGGCCGUAAGAAGACCGAUAUACAGUGUAAGAACCGGAUCGAUACUUUGAAGAAGAAGUACAAAACAGAGAAAGCUAAACUCUCGCCGUCGACUUGGCGUUUCUAUAACCGCCUCGAUGUUCUAAUCGGUCCGGUUGUGAAGAAAUAUGCUGGUGGAGUUGUUAAAUCAGCGCCUUUUAUGAACCCUAAUCAUCUGAUUCCAACCGGAUCGAAAUCUACUGGAAGCUCUCUUGACAAUGAUGAUGAGGAUGAUGAAGAAGAUGAAGAAGAUGAUGAUGAGGUUGGUGAUUGGGAAUUCGUUGCUAGGAAGCAUCCUCGUGUGGAAGAGGUAGAUCUGAGUGAAGGAUCGACGUGUAGGGAAUUAGCUACGGCUAUUCUGAAGUUUGGAGAAGUUUACGAGAGAAUUGAGGGGAAGAAACAACAGAUGAUGAUUGAUUUGGAGAAGCAGAGAAUGGAAGUGACAAAGGAGGUAGAGUUACAACGAAUGAACAUGUUGAUGGAGAUGCAAUUAGAGAUUGAGAAAUCAAAGCACCGGAAACGUGGAGGUGGUUCGGGUAAGAAGAACUUACAUUAGGUUUUGCCUUGUGUGAUCGACCUCUUGUAGAGUCUUGCACAUUCAAGUCCCUUGAUUAGAUAAAGCUUUAGACUUUACAUGGUUAUUGCUGGUAAGCAAUUGUAGAAUUAGAUUGGUGGAGGAACUACCAUGGUGAAGCAAAGAGGAAUUACUUGAUUCUGAAGCUCGUUAACGUGGGAGGAUCCUACUGUUACUUUUGUUCUAAUCUGUAGGAUAAAGGUUAGAGAACUCUUUAGGAUGUCUAUCUUUGUUUUCUUCUACUUUCUAGCGUAUUAGGGUACAUUGUUGUAUGUAAUGGAGCAGUUCUUCCUUAAGUCUUUAGUCAAGUGUCCAUGUAUAAUGAUUGCUUCAAGCCAAUUUCAAGCCAAUAAGGGUUAGUCUCUCUCUUCGUUAAUCAGGUUUCACCAGAUGAGGGAUUCUCUUUAGCAGAAUCUUCUCUCAAAUGAACAGAGUCAAAAAAU